CCUCCGGUGUGUUUGUGAUCAAACAGCAUUUACCGGGUCUUUAAUGGUGUUACAGUGUAGAUAGAGUUAACAGACUAAAUAGCAAGUGGUUCAUUAAAAACAAAAAAUGAAAUAUGAAGAGUAGGCGUCAGAGUUCAAAGUAUAGAGAUGUCGGCAAAAGUGAAAACCGACAGGAAAGCUCAUUUAGAUCCAAAAUGGAAUCUCUUUGGUCCAGACGGAAAGCUGACGUAUCCGUCCAUCGAGUGCGUCAAGUCGCACCAAAAGGAGAUGAAAAUCAGGCAGGAGAAACUAGCCAAAAAGCUCGACGACUUCUCCGAGAAUAUAAUCACGUUGAGGGAUCUUAAGAGCAAGUACGAGGCUGAAAAAACUCGGUUGCGUAAGAAGAGACGUAAGCAGGACAGCCUACCACGCGAUGAAAUCGUCGAGGAACAAAUAGCCCAAGGUAGAGAAGCCGAUCUGCCCAGAAGCAUUGAGAGCCAGAUCGACGAAAUUUUAAAAGGGUUUAGCCAGGAACUCGAGCGGUGUUCGAUAAAAUCCGAAGAUCUUCAGGAGAUUCAAAAUUUAAAAGCUCAAUGUAGUUUGGAUGUAGAUCCAUACGAUCGAAGGAAUAUAAUCGAAGUCGAAAGAAGGAUAGUCGGCAGAUUACGAAGACGACGAGAUUUUCACAAAAAGUUAAAACUAGUCAAAAGAGAAAUCGUAGAGGACUACGAAAAAAGCCUCAGGUCGUUUUACAUUGACAACCUCCUGAAAUCGAAGAAAAGAUCGUUACCAUUAGAAUGGCCGAUCUUCGUGGUCCGAGCACCGGUACCAUGGCACCAGUCCAAGGUCACCGCCAUGCACUUCAUGGAACACGAUCUCUUCGUUACCAACUCGAUCGCUUGCUCCAUCCGAUCCAUCUGGCACGUAAAAUACCAGUACACGCGAAUAGUCAACGUGUCGGAAUUAGGCGAGUUACCGAUUCCAGCUCUAGAAAUCGCCGAUCGGAUACGUCUGAUGUGCCACACCGCAAAGAAGAACCUGAUCGAGGUGUGGCUAGCCGAAGUCGCUGAGUUGUUUCUCCAGAAGAAAGAAGCCUGGUCUGGAUACUUCGACAAGACACCUAACGCCUCAACACUGCUGAUCAGGAAAUAUUUCCGUAGCAUCAACAGCCUGCUCUCCAGACAGUUGAGGUACAUAGUUCUGCAGACUCUGCUGGCGUUUAGAGAUUUUCUGGUGCUCUAUGCUGAUGGUAACUCAUUCGAGGGUGAAUAUCAGGACCUGACUUUCACAAGGAUGCCGUUCAUGACGUUGACUGUGGGGACAACUCGCCAGAACAACGAGCUUCAGUGCGAGCCAACGGUUCUUCACAUGCGCAAAGUUCUGUCCAGUUGUUUCAGCAUGAUAAUCGAUGUGGCUUCGGGGAUACCGAGUAUCGAGAAUAUCCUCUUUCCUGAAAUCCAGGAGACGGAGUAUCUGUUCGCCGUUCAUCGAAGGGAAGAGGUGCAAGAUAUAAUAGAGGAAGCAUUGAAUUCUGUCGUGUCGAACGUAAAAGGACCCCAGCUCUACCUGCAAAGAUACGUUCAGUACUACUAUCUCCUGGACGGUUCCGCCGAGGUGCACAUGAAGGAAUUUUUGAACUUCCAGCCGACUCCUUCGUUACGGGAAUACGGAGAUCAAAUUAAGGAGUACGACGACCUGCGCAGGGAGAUAUUUUUCUUUCGGAACAAGAUCCCGCUGAACAUGAUAGAAAUAGACUGCAGUGCACUGAACGAGGCCCUUCGUGAAAUCCUGUACAGCCUCCGGUCCCUGAUUUGCGAACACUUCCUCGACCAAGUUCGCGAGAAUAACCGCAAUCUCUGCGCCAGUUUCGACGAGAUCGCCGAGAGAAUCUCUGGUAUGCCUGAGGUGACCCGUGACGUGGUUGAACUGUACAACUACCUACUCGAGAGUAGGGAUUCAACUAUGUUCAUCCUGCGUUCGAAGCUCUCCCAAAGCGCCGAACUCAUCCUUUUUCUGGUCGAGCAUCAAGCUCACUUCAGCCCCGAGGACAUUCAGCUGAACAGUCGAGCGCUGACCUGGCCUCGCGAGAUGGAGACUGUAAUGGAACUUGCCGCGACGAGACUCAACAUGCGUAAGGAGUUCGUUGAGGGCGUCCUCCGCAACCGGCGUCAGGCAUUCGAUGGCAAAAUCCAGGCUUUGGCCACCAAGAUCGAGAUCUUCAAGAAGAAGGACCCGCCGGUCAUCAGCAUGGACGAGAUGACCUCGUCGGCACGAGAGAUAGAAGAAAUUUCCAGAGAAAUGGUCGAGAUCGAGCGCGAGGCCGAGGAAAUCAACGUUGAGGAGUCCUUGCUCGACCUAGAAGUCAGCCCCUACCUGACCUUGCCAUCCAUGUCGUCAGCCGUCAAGACCUUCGACCAACUCUGGCAUACCGUGCUGGAGUUCCAUCGAAAUUACGAGCGAUGGAUGUACGGACCCUUCCAAAACCUGGACGCCGAAGAGGUUCACGAACAGACCGAGGCAGCCUGGAAGAUUCUCUACAAGCUAUCCCGGGUGUUGAGCGACCUGCCCGCGCCCAGACGAAUCGCAGAGAUGGCUCGCGGCAAGGUCGACAAGUUCAAGCAGUUUCUACCCUUACUGGCGAGUAUUUGCAAUCCGGGUCUGCAACCUAGACACUGGGAGAGAAUCGGCCAGGUCGCCGGUGUCGCUAUUGUUCCUCGACCUGACAGUAGUCUGUCCGAAAUGAUCGAGUACGGAUUACUGGUCCACGUGGUCAAACUUGAAGAGAUUUCAUCGGGUGCUUCUAAGGAACACGCCCUAGAGAACAAUCUGAGGAAGAUGCAACACGAAUGGGAUCAAGUCCAGUUUGAGCUCAGUCCCUACCGGGAAUCCGGUGUCAAGAUUCUCGCAGCAGUGGACGACAUCCAGGUUCUGCUGGACGAUCACAUUCUGAAAGCCCAGACUAUGCGAGGCUCGCCAUUCGUCAAGGCCUUUGAAAGCGAGAUGCAGGCCUGGGAGGAGAAGCUUAUUUCCAUGCAAGAUAUCAUCGACCAGUGGCUGACUUGCCAGGCGACCUGGAUGUAUCUUGAGCCAAUUUUUAGCAGCGAGGACAUCAUGAGGCAGAUGCCUAGCGAAGCCAAGAACUUCCGCAAAGUCGACAAGACCUGGAGAUCUAUCAUGACCUACGUUGCGGAGAACCCUAGGGUACUCAUCGCCACCAACAUGCCGGACAUGCUGCAGCUGUUCAAGAACUCCAAUGCGCUGCUGGAUGAGAUUCAGAAGGGACUUAAUGACUAUUUGGAGAAGAAACGGCUCUUCUUUCCCAGGUUUUUCUUCCUGUCGAAUGACGAGCUACUGGAGAUACUGUCCGAGACUAAGGACGCCCAGAGAGUACAACCACAUUUGAAAAAGUGCUUCGAGGGUAUCAAAAGUUUACGCUUCUUCAAGGAAGACGAGAUCGUCGGUAUGCUAUCCGAAGAAGAGGAAUAUGUGCCCUUCAGCGGGAAGAUCUAUCCCGCAGAUGCUAAGGGUAUGGUCGAACGUUGGCUGUCUCAAGUGGAAGAACUGAUGAAAACGUCAUUACGAGAUAUAGCCCAGGACAGCGUGAUCGCCUACUUCACGAGUGUGCGCGAGGAGUGGAUCCUCUCAUGGCCAGGUCAAAUAGUCCUCUGUGCCAGUCAGAUUCACUGGACAAGCGAGGUAUGUGAGUCCUUUGAGGACAACUCGACCGCUGCCUAUUUAGCCAAGUGCUCGGCUCAGAUCGAUAAAACUGUGGCACUGGUCAGAGGCAAACUCAGUGCUGGUGAGCGAAUCACAUUGAACGCUCUGAUCGUGAUCGAUGUCCAUGCGAGGGAUGUGCUCAAGCUACUGGUCGAGAGGCGCGUCAACGACGUGAUGGACUUCAACUGGAUCGCCCAGUUGAGAUACUACUGGCUGGAGGGCAGCAUCACCGUGUCGAUGAUAACUACGGACGUCGAAUACGGCUUCGAGUACCUGGGCAACAGCACACGAUUGGUGAUAACACCUCUGACUGACCGCUGCUACAGGACCUUGAUGGGAGCUUUGAAACUAAAUCUCGGCGGAGCACCCGAAGGUCCAGCCGGUACCGGCAAAACCGAAACGGCCAAAGACCUUACAAAAGCCAUAGCCAAGCAAUGCGUUGUCUUCAACUGCUCCGAGGGACUGGACUACGCUGCUAUGGGCAAGUUCUUCAAGGGACUUGCUCAGUCUGGUGCAUGGGCCUGUUUCGACGAGUUCAAUCGGAUCGAGCUUGAGGUCCUGUCUGUCAUCGCUCAGCAGAUACUCUCCAUACAGAUGGCGAUAUCUCAGCGUUUGGAGCGCUUCAUGUUCGAAGGGACAGAGAUCAAAUUGAAUCCCACUUGCAACGUCAUCAUAACUAUGAACCCAGGUUACGCGGGCAGACAGGAGUUACCGGACAAUUUAAAGGUGCUGUUCAGAACGUGCGCCAUGAUGGUACCGGACUACGGGAUGAUUGGCGAGAUUACGCUUUACUCCUACGGAUUCGUGGAGGCUCGAUCGCUCGCAGAUAAAAUUGUGCAUACUUAUAAACUCUGCUCGGAACAGCUCAGUUCGCAGAGUCACUACGAUUACGGAAUGCGAGCAGUCAAGACAGUCCUGGUAGCCGCUGGAAACUUGAAGCUCAAGUACAGCACGGACGACGAAUCAGUCUUGGUGCUACGAGCUAUUGUCGACGUAAACGUCCCCAAGUUCCUGGCUCAAGAUCUUCCUCUCUUCGAAGGCAUCUACAGUGAUCUGUUCCCAGGAGUCGCGCUGUCCCCUCCCGAUCGAGACGAGCUUCUAGCCUUUGUGAAAACUCACCUAGAGCGUAGAAACCUCCAGGCUACUCCCUGGUACCUUGGAAAGAUCAUACAGAUCUACGAGAUGAUGCUCGUGAGACACGGACUAAUGAUCGUGGGAGAUACCCUGUCCGGAAAGACCCAGGCUUACCAGACCCUUGCCGAUGCUCUUACCGAUCUCUCGGCCGUUCGACAGGCCAGCAUCAAGGAGAUGCGAGUUACUUACAGAGUCAUCAAUCCAAAGGCCAUCACGUUGGGUCAGCUAUACGGAAACUUUGACCCAGUCUCUCACGAAUGGAGCGACGGAGUUCUGGCCAACACCUUCCGCGAGUACGCGCAGUCAACUUCACACGAGCGUAAGUGGAUCGUUUUUGACGGGCCCGUCGAUGCUAUCUGGAUAGAGAACAUGAAUACUGUGUUGGACGACAACAAGAAGCUGUGUCUGAUGUCCGGAGAAAUUAUCCAGAUGUCUUCGAAGAUGAACAUGAUGUUCGAGACUGCUGAUUUGGAGCAAGCCUCACCUGCUACCGUCAGUCGAUGUGGAAUGAUAUACAUGGAGUCAUCGCAGCUCGGAUGGGUUGCAUUCUUCGAGUCUUACAAAAAUAAACUGAAGGAGAAGAUACUGGCUGAGCAGCUCGAGCUCGUGACUGAUAUCGUUGACUGGCUACUUCCACCCUUGUUCUUAUUCAUAAAGAAGCAGUGCAGGUGCUUCAUCGAUAUGGGCGAGCCCCAUAUGUUCGUGUCGUUCGCAAAGUUACUGGACGUCCUGCUAGAAGGCGAGUCUCAAGUUAGCACAGUCUGGCUCCAGUGUGUUCUGAUCUUCAGCAUAGUCUGGGGCAUCUGCUCGAUGUUGGUGAGCGAGAGUAGAAAGUCGAUGGACUUGUUCUUCCGCAAACUGCUUCACGGCAACGACGAAGAGUACCCUCGACCAAAGGCCUUUAAGUUGACCAAGCAACAGCUCUUUCCCGAUCGCGGUACCAUCUUCGACUGGGUCUACGACAAGAAGAACAACGGCACGUGGAUUGCUUGGAUGGAGACCACGAGCCCAGUGGCGUUACCAGCCCAGGCGAGGAUGAGCGAACUCAUCAUCCAAACCAGCGAAACGUCGAUGCAGCAGUACUUCCUGUCGAAUCUCCUGGAGAACUCCAGUCCAGUCUUGUUCGUCGGACCGACUGGUACCGGAAAAUCCACCGUAGUCCUGAACUACAUGCUUGGUCUAUCCAAAGACAAGUACAUCGAGAGCAUCCUGAACUUCAGCGCCAGAACUAGCGCCGCUCAGACUCAGGCUAUCAUAAUGUCCAAGCUGGACCGACGAAGAAAGGGAGUCUACGGUCCAGCCAUGGGCAAGAGGUGCGCUCUAUUCGUCGACGAUCUCAGCAUGCCUCAGCCUGAGAUCUACGGAGCUCAGCCACCGGUUGAGUUGUUGAGGCAAUGGAUAGACCAUGGCUACUGGUUUGAUUCGAGCGACACCAGUAUUCUUCAGCUUGUGGACAUCCUCUUUGUUGCGGCUAUGCUUCCGCCUGGAGGAGCCUCGAACAGACUGACGCCAAGGUUCACCAGGCACCUAAAUGUCAUCGGCAUCGACGCCUUCGACGACACCACUAUGACCAUGAUCUUCGGUUCUAUUCUCGACUGGCACUUUACUCGAGGUUUCGACACCAACAUCUCGAGACUAGGAAAGAUGCUUCUGUCAGCGACGACCCACGUCUACCGCACUGCCAUAGAAACCUUCCUACCGAUCCCCAGCAAGAGUCACUAUACCUUUAACAUGCGUGACUACAGCCGAGUCGUAACUGGGAUCCUCUUGGUACCGGCGACGAAGAUCAAGGAUCCAGGGAAGUUCAUGAGACUGUGGAUUCAUGAAGUUUACCGUGUCUUCCACGAUCGGCUCGUCGACGUGGAGGAUCGCCAGAAGCUGUUCGAUAUCGUGAAGUUCACCUGCUACGAGCACUUUCGUCAACCGAUCGACAAAGUUCUCGAGCACAUUAUCGAAGAAGGUGAGACUGAAGUAAAGAGCAGUCACAUGGGUAACCUUCUCUUUGGUAAUUACAUGGAACCGGACGCCGAUCCCAAGAUUUACGAUGAGAUUCUCAACAUGAACGAAUUGAAGGAAAAAAUGGAUUACUAUCUAGUCGAGUACAACAACCUGUCCAAGAACCCUAUGCCUCUGGUCCUCUUCCGCUAUGCCAUAGAACACGUCUCCCGCAUCUCAAGAGUCCUGCAACAGGACAAUGGACACGCACUUCUCGUCGGUGUCGGUGGCUCUGGAAGAACAUCCUGUACACGUUUGGCUGCCAGCAUGUGUGACUAUGUCCUCCAUACGAUCGAGAUGAUGCGGAGUUAUGGACAGUCCGAGUGGAGGGACGACCUGAAGUCUCUGCUGUUGAAAGCUGGUUGCGAAGGUAAACCGAUCGUCUUUCUGCUGAGCGAUACCCAGAUCAAAGACGAGUCGUUCCUCGAGGAUCUCAGUAUGCUCUUGAACACUGGUGACGUGCCGAAUCUCUAUGCCCAGGAGGAAAAGGCGGAGAUACUGGAGAAGAUGAUGGACGUUGCGAGAGAGACUCAACUUAAAUCCCAGAAACCAGGAAAGGCAAACGAGACCAGUCCAAUGGGUCUCUACGGAAUCUUCACGGAGCGAGUAAAGAAGAACGUUCACAUCGUUAUAGCCAUGUCACCAAUCGGUGAAGCUUUCCGUGUACGUCUGCGCAUGUUCCCGUCGCUCAUCAACUGCUGCACCAUCGACUGGUACACCUCCUGGCCCGAUGAAGCUCUCGAGAAAGUAGCAAAAUACUUUCUCCAGGACCUGGAUAUCGACGAUGCCAGCAAGUCCAAGUGCGUCAGCCUCUGUCAGCGUUUCCACACCAGUGUCUGCGAAGCCAGUGAGGAUUAUUGGAAGAACUACGGAAGGAGAAACUACGUCACACCUACGAGCUAUUUAGAGCUCAUCAAGUGCUUGCACAAGUUCCACGGGCAAAAGGUUGAAGAAAUAACGAAGCAGCAGACGCGCUACGAGGUCGGUCUGGAGAAACUUGACUUCGCUGCUGGCCAGGUCUCGAUUAUGCAAGAGGAGCUCCAAGCUCUGCAACCUAAACUGGUAGCUCAAUCUCAACUGAGCGACAAACUGAUGAUCAGAAUCGAGCAGGAUACGGUUAACGUAGAGGCAAAAAAGGAAGUCGUCGCAGCGGAUGAAGCUUUAGCGAACGAAGCAGCUGCAGCUGCCCAGGCCAUCAAGGACGACUGCGAGAGUGACCUGGCCGAAGCUACGCCGGCACUGGAAGCUGCUCUCGCUGCGCUGGAUACCCUUAAACCUGCGGAUAUCACCAUCGUCAAAUCGAUGAAGAAUCCGCCUACCGGAGUUCGACUCGUUCUCGAAGCUGUUUGUGUUUUGAAGGGCGUGAAGCCCGACAGAGUACCCGACCCAACGUCAGGAGGUAUGAUGGAGGACUACUGGCCAGCGUCGGUGCGUCUUCUGGGUGACAUCAAGUUCCUCGAGAGCCUCAAAUUCUUCGACAAGGACAACAUACCCCAGGCCAACAUGAAGCGCAUCCGCGAGAAGUUCAUGAACGACAGGAGCUUCCAACCAGAAGUGAUCAAAAAGGUCUCCACUGCCUGUGAGGGUCUCUGUAAAUGGGUCAGAGCCAUGGAGGUCUAUGACCGAGUCAUCAAGGUCGUCGCACCUAAGAAAGCUAUGCUGGCCGAGGCUGAAGCUGAACUGGCUGCGCAGAUGGAGACGCUCAACGCCAAACGAGCCCUGCUACAGGAAGUGACGGACAAGCUGCAGCAGCUCAACGACGAGUUCGCCGAGUGCAUGCGCGAGAAGAAGAAGCUGGAAGACCAGAUCGAGCUUUGCAUGCAGAAGCUGGAACGUGCUGAGAAGCUCUUGGGAGGUCUCGGUAGCGAGAAGAGUCGCUGGAGCGAAGCAGCUGCGACACUAGGGGCAAGUCUGGGCAACGUUAUCGGAGACAUCCUCCUCGCUUCAGGAAUCGUCGCUUAUCUCGGUGCAUUCACUGUCGUCUACAGAGACUCGUUGGUUCAAGACUGGCACACUGCCUGCCAGGCCAUACAAAUACCUUGCAGUCCACCGCCGUUCAAUCUGGUCAACGUACUGGGUGAACCUGUCCAAGUCCGAGCCUGGCUGAUCCACGGCCUGCCAGCCGACAAGUUCUCCAUAGAGAACGGCAUCAUCGUUAAAUCGGCGGACAGGUGGCCUCUGAUGAUUGAUCCCCAAGCUCAAGCAAACAAGUGGAUCAGGAGUCUGGAAAAAGAUAACAAACUAGUGGUGAUCAAACUGACUGAUCCAAACUACACGAGAGUGUUGGACACAGCUAUACAGUUGGGACUACCGAUACUACUGGAGAACAUCCUGGAAGAAAUCGACUCGAUCCUUGAGCCGAUUUUACUCAAAAAUCUGUUCACUCAACACGGUAUUCUUUGCAUAAAGUUCGCCGAGAACAUCCUCGAGUACAAUGAGAACUUUCGGCUCUACAUCACUACGAGACUCAGAAAUCCUCACUACUUGCCUGAGAUCGCAGUUAAGGUCAGUCUGCUCAACUUCACAAUCACACCUCAAGGACUACAGGACCAGCUUCUCGGUAUUGUCGUGGCCAAGGAGUUGCCUGCCCUCGAGGAGAAGAAAAACCAGCUCAUAGUGGAAAGUGCCAACAACAAGCGAAUCUUGAAAGAAAUAGAAGACAAGAUCCUCGAGGUUCUCUCCAGCUCAGAGGGUAACAUCCUCGAGGAUGAAACAGCUAUCAAGAUCCUUUCUUCGUCCAAGAUUCUAUCAGAGGAUAUCAGAUCGAAGCAAGAAGUAGCUGCAGAAACUUCCAGAGACAUCGACAAAGCGAGGGAUGUGUACAAACCGGUGUCUCAUCACGCGUCAACCCUAUUCUUCUGCAUCUCGGAAUUGGCUAACAUUGAUCCCAUGUAUCAAUACUCUCUGCCCUGGUUUUUGAGACUGUUCACCAUGGUUAUCGAGAAGGAGCAGCCCGAGGAAGCGAAAACCGAUUUACAGAUUCGUAUCGAUACGCUCAACGAACUUUCGACCGAGACGAUAUACAGAAACGUCUGUCGUUCGCUCUUCGAGAAGGAUAAGCUUAUAUUCUCGUUGAUUCUCUGCGCUGGUAUCUUGCGAGGAAAGGAACAACUCGAUGAAGACCUGUGGAUGUUCUUACUGACCGGUGGUGUAGCGCUGGACAAUCCUUACCCGAACCCAAGUCCAGACUGGCUUUCGGAUAAAUCCUGGUCCGAGAUCACGCGUGCCAGUGAAUUGAAAGGCCUGGAGAACUUGAAUGACUCAUUUGUCAAGAACAUAUCCAAGUGGAAGACGUACUACGAUCUACAGAAUCCACAAGACAGUCCUCUGCCAGAACCCUACCAGAACGAAUCAGAAGACAGCUUGAAGAAAUUACUGCUGCUCAGAUGCAUCAGGCCUGAUAAACUCGUCUUGGCUAUUCGUACGUUCAUCAUCAGUAGGAUGGGAAAAACUUUCGUUGAACCACCACCUUUUGAUUUGAGAGACUCUUACAACGACUCAAGCAACGUUACGCCCUUGGUCUUCAUCUUAUCUCCUGGUUCCGAUCCCAUGACCGGUCUGAUAAAGUUUGCCGGCGAUAUCGGCAUCUCUGCCAAGAACCUCAAAUCCAUAUCCCUGGGUCAGGGUCAGGGUCCAAUCGCCGAGGAAGCCAUCAACAAGGCUUUGGAAUCAGGUCACUGGCUGAUGCUUCAAAACUGUCAUCUAGCCGAGUCUUGGAUGCGCGAGCUGGAUAGGAUAUGCGACGAAAUCAUCGUCCCAGCAAAGACGCACCCCCAAUUUCGACUGUGGCUGACGAGCUAUCCCUCGAAGGCUUUCCCUGUCUCGAUCCUUCAAAACGCGGUGAAGAUGACGGACGAGCCACCGAAGGGUCUGCGCAGCAACUUGAAACGCAGCUAUGCCACCGAUCCCAUCUCUAAUCCGAAAUUCUUCAGUGGCUGCAGAAAGCUCAUCGAAUGGGAGCGUCUGCUGUUCUCGAUCUGCUUCUUCCACGCAGUCAUCCAGGAAAGAAAGAACUUCGGGCCGCUCGGUUGGAACAUUCCCUACGAGUUCAACGAGUCUGACCUGCGCAUCAGCGUUAUGCAGCUACAGAUGUUCCUUAACAAUUAUAAGACUGUGCCCUUCGAGGCUUUGCUGUACCUCAUAGGAGACUGUAACUACGGUGGACGGGUCACCGACGACAAGGACAGGAGGCUUUUAAUUUCUCUGCUCCAAAAGUACCUUAACCCAGAAGUAGUCGCACGUCCAGACUACUCUUUUUCUCCGAGUGGACUGUAUCGCUUGCCCGAGAACACAAACUACCAAGGAUGCUUGAACUACAUCGAGACGUUAUCUAUCACUCAACUGCCAGAAGUUUUCGGACUAAAUCAAAACGCAGAUAUAACCAAGGACAAUCGAGAGUCCAUGCAGCUGCUCUCUGGCGCAUUACUCACGCAGACUCAACUAGGCGGUGAAUCAGAAUCGGACAAGAGUAACGAGACGAUGGUGCUGGACCUGGCCAGCGAGAUUCUGGAGAAGAUGCCUGAACAGUUUGACGUAGAGUACAUCGAGGAGAAAUUCCCAGUCAUCUACGAGAACAGCAUGAACACUGUCCUGCGUCAGGAGUGUAUACGGUUCAACAGACUGACUGGCGUCAUCAAGAUAAGCCUGAAAAACGUGAGGCGAGCGAUCAAGGGAGAGAUCGUUAUGACUUCCAACCUCGAGGAGAUCUUCAGAAGCAUGAGCAUCGGAAGGGUGCCGGAUGAAUGGCAGAAAAAAUCUUAUCCGACGUUGAAACCACUCUCGAGCUACAUCAGCGAUCUGCUUCAGAGGAUAGACUUUUUGCAGAAGUGGAUCGACGAAGGCGCGCCUACCGUCUUCUGGAUAUCCGGAUUCUUCUUCACACAGUCGUUCCUCACGGGUGUUCUGCAGAACCACGCGAGGAAGCACACCAUACCUAUCGAUCACUUGGACUUUGAGUUUGAGAUCACUCGGUACGAAAACUCCGAAGAAAUCAAAAAACCGCCAGAGUCCGGUGUUUACAUAAGAGGAAUAUAUCUGCAAGGUGCGAGAUGGAAUAGAGCUACGAUGGAGUUGGAUGAAUCCUUGCCGAAGGUCAUGUUCGACUUACUACCAAUCAUCUGGCUGAAGCCAGGAAUUAAGGCAGAAUUCACAAAAUCUCCGGUGUAUCAUGCGCCUCUUUACAAAACCAGCGAGAGGCGCGGUGUACUUGCUACGACGGGCCACUCUUCAAAUUUCGUCAUGGUUAUUUUGCUAGCUAGUUCUAUGAACGAGGAUCACUGGAUCGCUCGAGGCGUUGCGUGCCUCUGCCAACUGGACGACUGAGCAACGAAUGCGUGAUUUUUAUAAAAAUGUAGCUAUAGUUUAUUGAAUAUAAAAUUAUAAAAUAAAAAUUGAAACAUUACAA